CUUAGUUUUCCAAAGCAGUCAUGGGUGACACACCUUCAAUUGUUGUCAUUAGCCCUUCCCCAAAACAUGACUUGCCCACUGAAUACUCCAUCAUGGAAGAAGCAAAGCCUAGACAUCACCAAGAACCAACCAUGACCAUCACACCUCCUCCUAAUACCUUCCAAAAGAUUGUUGCAGAGCUUAUGGGCACCUAUAUUCUUGUAUUUAUUGGUUGUGGGGCAGCUCUAGUUGAUAGAGAAAAGACACUUACCAUUGUGGGCAUAGCAAUGUUGUGGGGUUUGGUUCUAAUGGUAGUUAUAUACACACUAGGGCACAUCUCUGGUGCCCAUGUCAACCCUGCAGUCACCAUUGCCUUUGCUGCUGCCCAAAAAUUUCCUUUGAUACAAGUGCCAAUGUAUGUUUUGGCACAGUUGUUAGGUGCAACACUAGCAUGCCUCACCCUCAGAGUAUUGUUCAAUGAUCAAGCUGUCGAUAUGCGCCCAACGGUGACUCAAUAUUCUAGUUCAACAACUGAUCUUCAAGCUGUUAUUCUGGAGUUCAUCAUCUCUUUCUUCCUCAUGUUCACCAUCUCUGGUGUUGCCUCUGAUCAUAGAGCGAACCAAGGGUUCGCUGGAAUUGCAAUAGGAGCUACAGUGGUGUUUAACAGUCUCGUGGCUGGGCCAAUCACCGGAGCUUCAAUGAACCCCGCGAGGAGUAUUGGUGCAGCAGUCAUUUCUGGCGUUUAUAAGAAUCUAUGGGUGUAUGUUGCAUCCCCUAUCCUUGGAGCCAUGGCUGCAGCCUUGGCAUACAGUCUUCUACGCCAACCCGAGAUAGAGAAAUCCAAGGAGACAAGCAAAAGCUUGUACAAUGAUCUAUAUGACGAGCCAUAGAAAGAAUUCAUUCCAUGAAGGAAAUUUAUGAAACCACUGAAAAGGGCAUGGUGGAAAUUUAGAAUGAUGCGUAUGAAAUUUCUCUAGAGAAUUUGGGAAGGAAGAAAGGUUGUAUAUUUUAUUUCCCAUUUUCUGCUGCAGUUUUUGUCCAGAGAUAGGACCUUGGGACUCUGUGUGAGAGAGAGAUUCCACAGAGGACCUCCCAGUUUCAAUGUGUACUCUUUCAAUUUUAGUGUGUACUUACAUAUAAAAAUAUAUAUUUUUUAAACUCAA